CAGCAACAACACAAAUUCCAACAACAGCAACAGCAAUUAUCACUAUCGCCACCGAGCGUUUCGCAGCAGCAGCAGCACCAACAACUUCAGCACCAGCAUCAGCAGCAGCAGCAACAACAACAAAUUAUCAAUGCUGCUGCCACCGCUACCAACAGUCGCAACAACUUGGCCACCCUAGUUGCGGCCAUCAACAAUGAGAACAACUAUCAGUUAUCAGCGGCAGCAAGCAAUUCGCAAGCCAUAAAUGUCACAUCGCCACCCUCAUACUCAGCUGCCAUAGCGGCUGGCAAUAGCGGAAUUGGCGGUGGUGGUGGCGGUGGCGGUGUUGGUGUUGCGGGCGGCGGCAGCCUCAGCGCUCCCAUACUAGAGGGUCAUAAAACGAAUGCUUCACCAUUCCAAUUUUUAAAUCACUAUCAGGCACAGGAUCUCGCAAAUAUGCCAAAUUCACAGUUGAUGGUUGAGGGUGGCGUCGGCGGUGAGGAGGAUGUGGAGGAAUUGGAUCCACAGCAGCAGUUAUGUGUUGUUGCUAAAAUGCAAAAAUCUGUUACGAUUACCGUUACACCGCAGCGCAGCAACUCGAUGGACUAUUUAAAUUUCGAGGAGAAACGUCAGUUGAUUGCUUCGUCGUUGUCACUAUCGGAUAUUUUGCAUUGUAAUCCAGCUGCGGCUGGCAAGGAGGCGGCUGCCAAUGCUAAUGGUGA